AUGGAUCUCCAUUCUAUCUCAACAAGUCUUCUUAAAACCGAUCUUCUUAUACUUGAUGAGCCUGAUAUUACCCCCGUCCCUCGGGGAUGGGAUGCAUGUUUACUUGGCAGGUUCACAGGGCGGUACCCCGGAAAGGAGGCUAUUUUCGACCUCAUGAGGAGAUGGAAGCAUAAAUCCCGAGUCACCUUCCACCGGAAGGGGUGGCUCUGCUUUCAAUUCGGAAGUGAGGAAGCAAUGGAGAAGAUCCGACAACAGGGGCCGUUCGAUAUCUUCGGUAUCCCGCUGGUGCUCCAGCCAAUGCCAAAAAAGUUUGACCCUGAUAUGGAGCCUGAGGUCAUGGUUCCAAUUUGGCUGAGACUAGUUGAUCUACCGCUGGAACUCUGGAAUCUCACAGCGGUGAGUAAAAUUGCAUCAUGCUUCGGCACACCACUCUCAACGGACUUCAGCACACUUAGACGUGAGUCUCUGGAUGGUCCACGCAUAAAAGUCAUAAUCGACACAGCGAGGAGGCCCAAGGAGUCACUCACAAUCCAGUUGCCUAAUGGGGACUUUGUUGAGCAAAAAGUGGAGUAUGAGUUCUUUCCUAAAUUCUGCAAUGCUUGCAAAAUGUAUGGACAUUUCGCGGAUGAGUGCCGGGGCAGAGAUGAGGAAUGGAAACAGGCGCACGGUACCGGGUCCUCCCACCGAUCAAAGAGCCGAGGCUGGGAAACGAGUGUCCCGAGAAACCGAGUUCAGCAACCGCCCAAAAGGAUCCACCUGAACCAACAACCAGAAACUGGUACGCCAGCCAUCGGGGCUCUAGGUGCGGGACCGUCCGGCAGGUCUGGGCCACAGGAACGAUCCAGAUCGCGUCCUCAACAACAAUGGAAGCCAACGGGUACAAUUUACCCGAUGAAUAUGAAGUCACAGAGGCCUAGAGACAAGACGCUGGACGAUUAG